AGGAAGCUGAUAGUAUGACUUCAUGUGCUAUAAAUCUGAGGUGGUUUAUUUUGAUGGACAAAGUGCUCUGCUGUACAGACUUGAUAAAAAUUCUUUACAAUCAAUAAGGGACAUUAUUUCUUUGAAAUUUAAAGCCAUGCAGAGCAAUGGAAUUCUACUUCACAGAGAAGGACAACAUGGAAAUCACAUUACUCUGGAAUUAAUUAAAGGAAAGCUUGUCUUUUUUCUUAAUUCAGACAAUGAUAAGCUGUCUUCCACUACUGCUCCUGUGACCCUCACCCUGGGCAGCCUGCUGGACGACCAGCACUGGCAUUCCGUCCUCAUCGAGCUCCUUGACACACAGGUCAACUUCACCGUGGACCAACACACUCAUCAUUUCCAAGCAAAGGGAGAAUCCACUUACUUGGAUCUUAAUUUUGAGAUCAGCUUUGGGGGAAUUCCGACACCUGGAAGAGCACGGGAAUUCACACAUAAAAACUUUCAUGGGUGUUUAGAAAAUCUUUAUUAUAAUGGAGUGGACGUUAUUGAAUUAGCCAAGAAACACAAACCACGGAUCCUCAUGAUGGGAAAUGUGUCCUUCUCAUGUCCACAGCCACAGACUGUCCCUGUGACUUUUCUGAGCUCCAGGAGUUAUCUGGCUCUGCCUGGCAACUCUGGGGAGGACAAAGUGUCUAUCGCUUUUCAAUUUCGAACAUGGAACAGAGCAGGACAUUUGCUUUUCGGCAAACUUCGCCGUGAUUCAGGGAGUUUCGUCCUCUUUCUUAAGGAUGGCAAGCUCAAACUGAGUCUCUUCCAGCUGGGACAGUCACCAAGGAAUGUCACAGCAGGUGCUGGAUUAAACGAUGGGCAGUGGCACUCUGUGUCCUUAUCUGCUAAGUGGAGCCAUGUGAGUGUGGUGGUAGAUGAUGACACAGCUGUUCAACCCCUGGUGGCUGUGCUUAUUGAUUCAGGUGACACCUAUUAUUUUGGAGGUAAGAGAAGGCAACUGAAUUACAUUGGCAGUGGAACCACGCUUAUGUUUAUUGCUUUGCAUCUUGAGUCUCUAGUCAAAUUUAAACCAAGUUAAUACUAAGAAAUAAUUUAUCUCUAGCCAUGAAAUUAAUACCUUUGAAUUUGUAAAAAAUAUAAACCACUUUAAUCAAUUUUUCUUCCCAAUACAAAAAUAUCUGCAGAAAGUUUCCUUGCUGUUUAAAUAACUUCAUACUUUCAUUUAACGUUAAAAGAAAAUAUAUUUGAGCUAUACAUAGUAAAUAAGAAAUAAGUGGGAAACUUUCCAACAUCAAAUAUCAUAAACACAUCUCUAUAGCAGAUAAAUCCAUUUAUACUUCUGAGAGUUAGCUUGUAAAAACAAAACAAAUCAUAUUGUCUAAAGUCAUUGGCUUACAUAAAAUAUUAUAUAUUUAAGUCUACAUCUAAAUCUAUACUAUUGAAUCAUUAUUAGUACACAGAUCAUCUUAUAGAUAGAUCGAUAAAUAUUUUUUACAUGGAGGAGUAAUAGGAAAUAUUCUGAUUAUGAAGUACUUUCAAAGCAUUGACAGUAAUAAACAAAUAUUGAUUAAUAGGAGAGAAGCAUAUUAAAUGAAUCCAGUGUAAUUGGUGUUACACUGGUGCAAAGAACUGAAUGUUUGCUUCCCCCCAAGAUUCAUAUGUUGAAAUCCUAACCCCCAAAGUGAUCCUGUCAGGAGGCUUUGGAAGGUAAUUAAGUCAGGAGUGUGGAGCCCUCAUGAAUGGAAUUAGUGCCCUUAUAAAAGGGCCCAAGAGAACUCCCUUGCCUUUUCUGCCAUGUGAGGUUAUAAGAAGACUGUGGUCUAUGAAUGAGACACUUCAUCUGCUUUGCCUUGAACUUCGACAUUCCAACAUCCAGAACUGAGAAAAACAAACAUUUGUUGUGUAAGCCACUCAGUUCAUAGGAUUCUGUUAAUAGCAGCCCAAACUGACUGCAAAAACUCACACAGCUAAAGAAAUGUAAACAAGUGGAUCUUUUGAUCUUUUGAUUGUAAAGGAAGUUCGGAUUUUUUUUUUUU